GAGCUCUGUUGACAGAUGCACCGGUGGCAUGUAAGGAAAUGGACAUUCAUCAGGUUUCUUUCUUCUCUUUCUUCGUCUCUUAUUAUACAAGCUUUAUUCAUCCGCAUUCGCAACAGACGGAUUAAACGGACGAAAAGAGCGGCUGACUGGCUAGCUGUUCACAGGGACGCAGCAACAGUGAGGUCAUAUGGCGCCACUGGUGUCAUGGCAACCGAAAAGAUAAACAAAUUCGCCGUCACACUCCAGCAGGCCGAGUGAAAGCCAAGAAGGCGUAAUAGCAUUAGCCUCGUGUAGUGAGUGCUCCGUGCUGGCUGAGUGUUGAUCAGUUGCCAGGGCGCGCUGCAUUGUGGCUGUAAUCUAGUCCUUCAGGUUAGGUUAAGAAUCGUGGCAAGAUUGAGGGAAGUGAGUUAGAGAUGGAAAUGGUGCACACAUCUUAGGCUACGAAAGGCUAUUACAACCACGUGCUGUAUUUUUGUGUGAAACUGGGAAGGCGUGAGUGUCAGGGACAGGGAGGCAGCGUGGUCAUAGCGGUGGACCGCUGUAAGAUAGGCAGGGGUGAGUUGGGUCACUAUGCCUUCCAUAGCUGAACAGAAGGCGAAGGUCAACAGCCAAAUCCAGGACCUGAGGAAAAAAAUUCAGCUCUCAGAGGGCGAGAGCAAGGCCUUCUACGAGGAGAGUGAGGGAGAGAAGCGCGCCAAUAAGGCAGCAAUCAUCGCCCUGCGUGCUGAGAUCAAGCUCCUCCAUAUCAAGAUUCAGGAAGCCAAACAGGGGAGUGAGAGGAGUGUAGAGCGAGUGCUUCAGCAGCGCAGCAGUGGAGGGACAGGAGGAAAAACCAGGGGAACUACUAGUGCUGGAGGGAAAAGCAGAGGUGGUGGUCGUGGUGGAGGGAUUGGGGGAGGGAGGAGUCACAGCAGUGGGGGUGUGAGUGGAGGAGGUGGGGGUGGAGGAGGACUGACAGUCAGAGUGAAGAGGGCUGAGGACACCAUAACAGCCACACAGUACAGACUCCACGACCAAGUGAAGAGACUUAACUUCCUGCACCACACUCGCUCCCAGCGCGAGGACCGCCUGGCCACCCUCAAGGCGCUGCUGGGCGAGGCAACAUCUGAACGUGCACAGCUGGAGCAGUCCAGCAUCCAGGAGCUUCAGCAGGAACUGAUAGGGCUGGAGAAUGAGCUGGAGCGAGUGGGCGUGAAUGUGAGUGAGGCGGAGGGCGUGCGGCGCCGCUACUCUGCCAUGGUGACAGCACUGAGAGGGGAGGCUGCCGCACACCGCACCACCCUCGACCAGCUCCAUGUCCGUCUUGCCCAGGAGAAAGAGGCCCUCAUGCAUCUCAGGGAAUCCCGGAAGAAGGCAGAGAAAACACGAGACUCCCUAAGGACACGGCUCCACCAAGAGGAGGAAUGUGCUUAUGAGACCAAGAGGGAGAGGGAGAAGAGGUUGUCAGAAUACAGGCGGCGUGCUGAAGAGCGUCGUGUGCUGGACUUGGGCACUGCUGCUGACCGCCGGCUGUCACUGCUGCGCUCUCCACCUACUCGCCGUGACUCCCCUUCUGCUGCACCGCUCACCCCACAUGAUGCACAGGAGAUGGUGGAGGCAGAGCUUGAGAAGUACCAGCAGGUGUUUACAAAGCUUAAGGAUGUGCUUGGCGUGACCAGUGUGGAUGAGGUGGUGGAGAGGCUCACCACGCAGGGCAACACCAGGGAACACCUCCGCCAGCUGCGCUCCGUCACUUUGGAGGAGGUGACGCGCCUCAAGCAGGAGAAGGAAACUAUGCACGAGGAGUUGCAUCGUGUCAAGUACACCACCACUGAGGAUGCUGCCAGAAUGGUUGAGAUAAUCAAUGAACUACGACAACGCAAGGAGGAACAAGCACGACUGAAGGAGGAGCUGGCCACUCGCCUUGAUGGGACCAUGAAGGUGCUGACAGGUGUCCGAGCCGGUCUGGAGCAUAUUGCUGAAAAGUUGGAAAGCCCUGAGGAGCCACGUCCAGCCCGGAGUGAGGUGAACUCCCCACUAGAGUACCUGGUAUUACUGAUGGAGUACAACACAAGACAGGCAGAUAUCCUCAUGCAACAGAUCAGUGAUGCUGCACACCUCCAGCACAAGCUGGCAGAGAUGCAAGAAGAGGAGAAGGAAAAUGGUGGCAUCCUAACCUCCCCGGAGAACAUUAGAGUCUCCUUCCCCGGCACUGUAUCCACCAAGGCUGCCCAACAACAGGUUGAAGAAGGAGCAGAUAGUGGAGAAGAAGAGGAGACCUUGACACGCAAGUUUAUCAAGCGACAAGCACAGAUGAUUGUAGAAGCUAAGGCUCGCAAGAGAAAUCGUCCUGUUUCUACCUUCAAGUCCUAAAAUGGAAUAACAUACAACUUUGAAAAGGUGACAAGAAACUACAAUUAAAUUGGCUGUCUAUAUGUGUAACGAUGCUUUUACUGUUCCUUUUACAUUAUAAACUUACAAUCUUUUAUAACAAUAAUCUUGAAACCAUUUAUGUUAAUAUUCCUACUCUCAAGAAAAGUGGUUCCCAACCUUUUCCUGAGCGUACAAAUUGGGGGUCCCAUACAGUCGCUGUGUACCACCUGGCUCCAGAAAACUCAUUUCCAGCAAAUAUCAAUCUAUUCACAAGUAGAACAUACUAAUAACACGGAACAUAAAUCAGUUUAAUGCAAGGGAUAAUAAUUUUUCUGAGAUAUGAAUUAAUGUAAUUUAAUUAAAAUCGCAUACGAUCCAGAAAGUCCUCACGAAGCACCUGGAAGACCUUCGCAUACCACAGUUUGGAAACCACUGCUCUAGAAUAUCAAUGGUGGUGAUAUCAAGUUGGUGUUGCAAACAUUUACUCCUCACAAUGAAGAUAUUCACAUAACCUUUUCUAAUGAAGCUUCACUCAUUUUCUAAAUACAUAGUGUGUAUAUAUACAAUAGAGUCCUAGUUUUCACAGUUGUUUUAUACUUUCUUUUCAAUGGAACCUAACUUAAAGCAUGGGAAAUCUCACUUGUGAAAAAAUCAGCUUGAUAUGAUGGAAAUGCAAAUUCUUGGUGGAUGUCUUAUAUAUGAAAAUGCUAUACAAUACGGCCCCAGGUGUCACCGGCGUUUCCCCUGUGUACUGCCAACAUGUAGUCUUAAACUUAAUGUUGGCUGAAUGCAACCCUCUAGAUUUGAUAUAUACUGUACGGUCUAGGUCAGCAAUCAUAUUCACUAUUCACAAUCCCUUUAGGAAUGAAUCCCUUGCAUAGUUCAAGACAUCCCUGUAACCUUAGCCUCUUACUUGUAUGCCAGAUAGUAGCCCUGGUGUAUUUUGUUGUGAGGAGCUCCAUGUUCUUGACCUUGAUCUUGCCACAAUCAUCCUUACCUGACUAAAUCUUAUCUAUGCAACACUUGUUUGGUUAGGUUGUUAUGUUAGAUUCAGCUGUUAGUUUACAUCUAGUUAGGUUAGCAUGCUAGCUGCUGCAUUAAGAUGGAGAUGGUUGCUAUCACAAUAACAAGCACAGCAGGGCAUCACAUUUCUAAAUAAUUACAAACCUUUGACCUUGUUAUUAUUUUCCUCCAACAAAUUUUCUGAGCUAAUAUUAAAAAUAAAUAUCCUAUCGUUUAUUACCAUAAUGUGUUCAGCGUUUUAUCAAGACAGCUCUCUCCACCACAACAACUAUCUGUCCAUCACAGCCUCACCAGUAAUUAACUAACAUUAGAUUUUCAAACACUAACAUCCACCUUUGUUUAUAACAGUACAAAUAAUUUUUGACAACUCAUUUUAUGCUGAUACGUAAUUACAAACCAUGGGUAUGAUUAUAUACAGUCGGCGCGAAAAGAUAAGGCGCGGUAGAGGUUGCGCCUUAAAUUUCAGCGGAAUCGGUACUAUGGCUAAAACUAGGCUAAAUGCAGGCCUCGAAGUACAGCAAGAGAACUGAAGGAAACUAACCCAGAUUUGCUUGGCAACGCAUCAGUACGUAGCAUUCAACAAUUUCUCCAUGAUGACUUGGGUUAUCAUAGCUACCGGGCCAGAUGUAAACCGCUGCUAACCACUGUCCAGAGGGCUGAGAUUGAAAUUUGCCAAGAAAUAUAGUGUGUGGUCAGAUGAGGAUUGGAGAGGAGUAUUAUGGAGUGACGAGGCAACCUUCACAGUGACUGGGAGCCGGUAUGACAAGGUGUACCGCCGGCCCCACAGUGACGCUCUGGACCCCAAGUUCACCACAAAGACUGUUAAGCACCCUGAUUCGAUUAUGGUAUGGGGCUGUUUCAGCUAUUAUGGUGUUGGCAGUUUAGUGGUGCUGCCAAAGAACAUUAAAGUGAACCAGGGAGUAUAUCUUGAGUUACUGUGUGACCAUUUGCCAAACUCUUUUGAGAAAACUCGGGCAUGAAUUUUUAUGCAGGACGGUGCUCCCUGCCAUACCGCCAAGUCAGUUGUUACUUGGCUAGAUGACUGCAUGGUAAACUACUUUAAGGACUGGCCAGGAAAUAGUCCUGACAUCAACCCGAUUGAGAACCUGUGGUCAAUUAUAAAAAGAGGAUUGCGCAACCUUGACACCUCAUCUGUACCCAAGCUUACCACUGCAAUUCAGCAGCUCUGGGCUAAUAUCCGUCUCACAUGGAAAACCUUGCUGAUAGUGUCCCCAGGCGUCUACGAGAGGUGAUCAAGAGGAAAGGGAACACAACAAAAUGUUAGGAAGGCUCGGUGAAUGUUACUGCCCAUGUUCUGAUGCGCUAACCAUAAUUAUUUUUUUUUCAGAGCGCGCCUUAUCUUUUGCGACUGUAUGUAUGUAUGUGUGUGUGUGUGUGUGUGUGUGUGUGUGUAUAUUAUGUAAGGAAGGAAACUGACCAAGUAAAAAAAGCCUACAAUUGCCAGUCCUCUUGCACAUCAAAGUCAGCCAAAAUAAAGUAACAGAUGUCUUGAAACCUUCCUCUUAAAAGAAGUUGGUUUGAAACAAGGCUUCUUCAUAACGAGAGCUGUCUCGUACCACACACAAUAGCUCCACACCUACGUGAAAGCAUCCAUGUGUGGUGCCUGCCUUGGGAGGCACUAAAGAAAUAGGUGUAUACAUAUGAAAUAGAACAAUAUCUUCAGGAAUAACUCACCUCGACACACACACACACACACACA